GACUCAGCCAAUUUCCCCCUCUGCUGCUGAGAAAUGGAGGCCGAAGGAGUGAAGAAGGAGGUUCAGUUAUUCCAGAAGUGUUCAUUGACCCCCUAAUCUAUGCUAGCUACUGGGGGUGAGGGGGCAGACAGGAAAGAGAUCCCCAGGGGUUCCAGCCUCCCAGGGGCUCAGGUCACUAAUGGAAGUGGCCGGGCUUGUCUACGUGCCUGACCAACAGCCACUGGCGAGGCGAGGCGAGGGUCAGUUAGGGCUGGUGCCAGGAAGAGGGCCGGUUCUUCGGCUCCUUGGUCUCCCGCCAUCUAGCCCAAGCUGACCAGCAGUUGACCUGGCUCCCCUGGCCCCGGCCAGGCCUCGUGGACCCUUCAUUUGCAACAAGGUACAGGGGCAGGGGAGGAAGGCUGGCGGGGAGUCGGGUCCUGGGAGCUCCUCGAAGGGGCCUGUCCUGGUCUCCGUGUCCAGGACCCCCGCCGCGACUUCCUCCCGAGACCUCACGGGCCUCGCCCGACGGGGCGCCGCCACAGACACCAGGCCCGCCGAGGGAGCGGACGCGGGGCCGGCCCUGGGGCGGGCACUUGAGGCCCGGCGCCCCCCGGCGUCUCGGAGCCGCGCUGCCCGGGCCGGGCCGGGGGAGGGACAGCAGCAGGUGACGACGGCCUGGCCACCGGCUAUAAAUAGGGGCGCGCGUCAACCGCGGGCGGGAGCGGCGGCGGCGGGCAGGGGCCGGGAGGCCGGGCCUGGAGGGAGGGCGAGGCGGCGGCGGGUGCGGGCCGGUGGUCGGGGAGGGCGGCGUCAUGGGGUCGCGGAGGGCCCCCAACCGAGGCUGGGGCGCGGGCGGGAGGUCGGGGUCGGCGGGCGACGGCGAGGACGACGGCCCGGUGUGGAUCCCCAGCCCAGCCAGCCGCAGCUACCUGCUCAGUGUGCGGCCCGAGACCAGCUUAUCAAGCAACCGGUUGUCUCACCCCAGCUCUGGAAGGAGCACCUUCUGCUCCAUCAUUGCUCAGCUCACAGAGGAGACCCAGCCGCUAUUCGAGACCACACUCAAGUCCCGGGCUGUGUCCGAGGACAGCGACGUCAGGUUCACCUGCAUUGUCACAGGAUACCCAGAGCCAGAGGUGACCUGGUACAAGGAUGAUACAGAGCUGGACCGCUACUGUGGCUUGCCAAAAUAUGAGAUCACUCAUCAGGGCAACCGCCACACACUGCAGCUGUACAGGUGUCGAGAAGAAGAUGCCGCCAUCUACCAGGCCUCUGCCCGGAACAGCAAAGGCAUUGUGUCCUGCUCAGGGGUCCUGGAGGUGGGCACCAUGACCGAGUACAAGCUCCACCAGCGCUGGUUCGCCAAGCUGAAGCGCAAGGCUGCCGCGAAGCUGCGCGAGAUCGAGCAGAGCUGGAAGCACGAGAAGGCUGCGCCUGCGGAGGCAGACACGCUGCGCAAGCUCAGCCCCGACCGCUUCCAGCGCAAGCGCCGGCUGAGCGGGGCCGAAGCGCCAGGCCCCGCGGUCCCUACCAGGGAGUCCGAGGGUGGGGCCCUGGCGGCUUGGCAGGAGGGAGAGACUGAAUCUGCUCAGCACUCAGGUUUGGGCCUGAUCAACAGUUUUGCUCCUGGAAAAGUGACCACCAACGGGGAGGCUGCCCCCGAGAAUGGGGAGGACGCGGAGCAUGGCUUACUGACAUACAUCUGUGACGCCAUGGAGCUGGGGCCUCCGAGAGCCCUCAAAGAGGAGAGUGGGGCCAAGAAGAAAAAGAAAGAUGAGGAGUCCAAGCAGGGCCUAAAGAAGCCAGAGUUAGAGAAGGCAGCCCGAAGCCGCCGUUCUUCGGAAAAUGGCAUCCCCAACUCAGACGAGCCUGACUCCUGCGGAACUCGGGGGCACAUGGGCGUGGAGCAGGUUCAGACCCAGUCAAGAGGCAGGGCUGCACGGGGGCCUGGGUCCUCUGCCACAGAUGGCACCAGGAAGCCAGCCUCUGCUGGGGGCACUCCAGACAAGGCCCAGAAGGCCCCGGCCCCGGCCCUUGGCCCAGGCCCAGGCCAGGAAGUGUAUUUCUCCUUGAAGGACAUGUACCUGGAGAACACCCAGGCAGUCAGGCCUCUGGAGGAAGAGGGCCCCCAGCCCCUGAGUGUUCAGGAGCCUGGAGAGAGUCCCAAAGGGACAGCGCCCAUUAGGGCUAGAGGCGAGGGGGUGCCUGCGGCUCCUGGCCAACCCACACCCUCCUUGGCCCCCCAGCUGACCAGGCCUUUCAACAGAAAGAGAUUUGCCCCUCCAAAGCCCAAAGGGGAGGCCACCACCGACAGCAAGCCCAUUUCUUCUCCGAGUCAAGCUCCAGAAUGUGGGGCCCAGAACUUAGGGAAGGCCCCAUCUCAGGCCUCUGUCCAGGUGCCGACGCCUCCUACCCGGCGGAAACAUGGCACCCGGGACAGCCCCUUGCAGGGACGAGCAGGCCACAGGACUCCAGGAGAGAUCCUGGAAUCCCAGACAACCACGGCUCCUACCGUGUUGGCCAGCAGCAGCUCUGAUGGAGCUUCCGUUGGCUGUAGCACCUCUGGAAGUCAGGGUAUCAUUGAACCCAUGGAUAUGGAAACCCAGGAGGAUGGGAGAACAUCUGCUUGCCAGAGAACUGGAAGCAAGAAGAAUGUGCAGGCAGAUGGGAAGAUGCACGUGGAUGGAAGGACCAGGGGAGAUGGGACCCAGACAGCCCACAGGACACGGGAAGAUAGGAAGAUGCAGGUGGACGCUGGGACACAAGAAAGUGAGAGACCACAGUCAGCCAGGAGUUCACAGAAGGGGGAGGUGACAGAGGGAAGAGCAGAGACACAGCUAGAAGCAACAAAGGCAGGUAAGAAGAUACAGCAAGACAGGAAGGCUCAGGCAGAUGAGGGCACAGAGGAAGACAGAAGGAUGCGGGAAGAGAAGGGGAUGCAAUCAGAGGGGAGUGUGCCCACAGCCACAGAAGGUCAGUCAGAGCAGGAGGCAGUGACCAGCCUCGGCCCACCAUCCAGGGCCCGCGAACUCCCACCUACAGAGGGACCUAGAGCUACUCCGAUUGUUGAAUGUUUUGCACAGACCCCAGAAGGGCCUUGUGUCCCAGAAACCCCUGGUUUCCUGCCCAGAUCUGAGGAGGCAACAGUAACAGUCUCUAGGAACCACCAGCAAAGUGUGCUGGGUCCUCUGUCAGGGAAUCUCAGGCUCCCAGCACAGCUGCCCCUCAAGGGGAAUGUGAAGCAAGUGGGAGGAGAGAGAGGCCAAGGGCCACAGUCAUCAGGCCCAGUCGAGGCCAAGCAGGAGGACAGCCUGUUCCAGAGCCCCCAGGAGGAGCAGCCAGGGGGACUGCUGUGUGUGGAUCGGGGUGGCUGUCCUCCAGCUGGCCUGAGCCAGGAGGUGCCCACAAUACCUUCUCUUCCUGGAACUGGGCUGACUGCUAGUCUAAAGGAGGGGCCGAGAAGCACCCCGACUUCUCAGCACGGGAGCACAGCUGCCUUCCUACCCUCUGAAGACCAGGCCCUGAUGACUUCUGCUCCAACACUGCACCUGGGGCUGGAGACCCCCACUCAGAGUCACCCACCAGAGACCAUGGCCACUAGCAAUGAGGGGGCCUGUGCCCAGGUACCAGAUGUGGAGGGGCGGACCCCACGUCCUCGGAGCUGUGACCCUGGUCUCAUCGAUUCCUUGAAGAAUUACCUGCUUCUGCUGCUAAAGCUGUCCAGCACAGAGAUGAGUGGAGCAGGGGGAGAGUCCCAGGUGGGGGCGGCCGCCGGAGGUCUGGUGCCCUCAGCCACUCUGACCCCCACCGUGGAAGUGGCUGGGCUGAGUCCCCGGACUUCGAGGCGCAUCCUGGAGCGUGUGGAGAACAACCACCUGGUAGAGAGUGCACAGACCCUGCUGCUGAGCCCCUGUACCUCCCGCCGCCUCACUGGACUCCUGGACCGCGAGGUGCAGGCUGGCCGCGAGGCCCUUGCUGCUGCCCAGGGCUCCUGGGGUCCUGGGCCCAGCCCCCUCACUGUCCCUGCCAUUGUGGUAGAUGAGGAGAGCCCUGGGCUAGCCUCAGAAGGAUCCAAUGAGGGUAAAGGAGAGGUUUCCCUUGAGGGGCCUGGCCUCCUGGGGCUCUCUCAGGAGAGUGGCAUGGGUGGUCGGCUGGGGGAGGCGGGUGGGCUGGCAGACCCUGGGCAGGGACCCUCAGCAGUCAGCAGAGCCCAGGAACCCUCCCAAGGGGAGAAGGUCCCAGGGGAGGCUCUGAUAGGUCUCCCAGCAGCUACACCUGAGGAACUGGCUCUAGGGGCCCGGAGGAAGAGAUUUCUCCCUAAGGUCAGAGCAGCAGGAGAUGGGGAGGCAACCACGCCUGAAGAAAGGGAGAGCCCCACGGUUUCCCCCCGGGGGUCCAGGAAAAGCCUGGCGCCUGGGUCGCCGGGGACUCCAGGGCGGGAGAAACGUUCCCCUACGCAGGGCAGAAAGGCAAGCAUGCUGGAGGUGCCUCGGGCAGAGGAGGAGUUGGCCGCAGGAGACCCAGGUCCCAGCGCCAAGGCCAGUGAUCCGGACACAGAGCUGGCCCUGGAUGAAGGCAAGCAGGAGGCACUGGCCAAGCCCAGGAAAGCCAAAGACCUGCUGAAAGCCCCACAGGUGAUCCGGAAGAUUCGGGUGGAGCAGUUUCCUGAUGCCUCCGGUAGCCUGAAGCUAUGGUGCCAGUUUUUCAACAUUCUUAGUGACUCAGUCUUGACAUGGGCCAAGGAUCAGCACCCAGUGGGAGAGGUGGGCAGGAGCGCAGGGGAUGAGGGGCCGGCAGCCUUGGCCAUUGUGCAGGCCUCCCCCGUAGACUGCGGUGUGUAUCGGUGCACCAUCCACAACGAGCACGGCUGGGCCUCCACCGACUUCUGCCUCAGCCCUGAGGUGUUGUCAGGAUUCAUCUCCAGAGAAGAAGGUGAAGUUGGAGAAGAGAUUGAGAUGACCCCUAUGGUAUUUGCCAAGGGUCUGGCUGACUCUGGCUGCUGGGGGGACAAGCUCUUUGGGCGACUGGUAAGCGAGGAGCUCCGAGGGGACGGAUAUGGGUGUGGCCUUCGGAAGGCCUCCCAGGCCAAGGUCAUCUACGGGCUGGAACCCAUCUUUGAGUCGGGCCGCACAUGCAUCAUCAAGGUGUCCAGUCUGCUUGUGUUUGGGCCCAGCAGUGAGACUUCUCUCGUGGGCAGAAACUACGACGUCACCAUCCAGGGGUGCAAGAUCCAGAACAUGAGUCGGGAGUACUGCAAAAUCUUCGCAGCAGAAGCCCGGGCCGCGCCUGGCUUUGGGGAGGUGCCUGAGAUCAUCCCACUGUAUCUCAUCUACCGGCCUGCAAACAAUAUCCCAUAUGCUACCCUGGAGGAAGACCUGGGCAAGCCCCUGGAGUCUUACUGUUCUCGGGAAUGGGGCAGUGCUGGGGCUCCUACAGUAUCUAGCAGCUCUGAGGCCAUGCAGAAAUGUCAGACCUUCCAGCACUGGCUGUAUCAGUGGACAAAUGGCAGCUUCCUUGUCACAGAUUUGGCAGGGGUUGACUGGAAAAUGACUGAUGUGCAGAUUGCUACCAAACUUCGAGGAUACCAGGGCCUCAAAGAAAGCUGCUUCCCUGACCUGCUGAACCGGUUCGCCUCCUCCCACCAGUGCAACGCCUACUGUGAGCUGCUGGGGCUAACACCCCUCAAGGGCCUUGAGGCAGCCCACCCCCAAGCCAAAGCCAAAGGCUCUAAGAGUCCGUCUGCUGGCAGGAAAGGCUCCCAGCUGAGUCCUCAGCCCCAGAAGAAAGGCCUCCCUAGUCCUCAGGGCACCCGGAAGAGUACUCCAAGUGCCAAGGCUGCCCCUCAAGCCUCAGAGGCAGUCACCGUUCAGUUGUUGGGACAGCCUCCCAUUCAAGAGGAGGGUUCCAAGGCCCAGGGCAUGCGGUAGCCUCAACGGGAGGCUGGGGGCCUCCACCCAGCAGCAGACCAACCAGGAAGCAGCUUGAACCGGAUGGAGACUUUCCAAAUACGGAACUAACUGGAGAAGGUGCCUGGAGGAGGCACCACUUGGGGACCUCUCUGAGCAGCCUCUCAUGGAUCAGCUCCUCAUCAGAUGGCUUUGGUGCAUGGCACAUAGCCCACUGGCCUCUUCUGGUUCCACUGCCACCCAGGGUUCCCAGGCCUCAAGCAGGCCCCACCUCCAAGUGCCUGGUGGCCUAGGCCCUCCUUGAAGUUUACACUUUGCCCCUGCUGGAGGCUCCCCUGAGUCCUCUGCAUGAGUUCUGUACCCCAAGCCCUUGCCCCAGCCCAAUCCGGCAGCAGAUGUUAUUAUCCAAGUGAGGACAUGAAGGCCAGCAUUUACCCCGCUGCCUUUGCCUGGCCCUGAUCUCGCCCCAUUCUCAGGGCUCCAGACUUCCUCUGCUGGUCUGGCUUGGUGACUCUCAGGGUAUCUUCUCCUUCCAGCUACUUUGGCUUAUGGAUCUCAGCUUAUCCUGCAACUAACAUGUCCUUGAGCCCAGAUGGGGCUCAGGGCCCUUCCACAGCCUGUCAUGUCCUUGUGCAGUGGCCUUUGAUGAUGUGUGUUCAUGCUUUUCCAGCUCCUUCACUCACCUGCUUUCCAUGCUCCUUUGCACCCCCAGUCACAUCCCUGGCUUGGGGCCCAGCUGCAACCUGCUGCCUGCCCUUCACAACUCUGCACGUGGCCCUUUGCUUGAGAGCUCCCCACCCCCUGCCCACCAAUACCCAGGUGAGGAACAGACCCUCUGGCCUCUCACUCCACUUCAGUACUCUCUUCCCCAACUUCCCCCCGGGCUCUUUGCUCAUGAGGUGAGAGCUGGUGUAAGGGCUGUGUCAGCAGCUGUAGCCAGAGACAGGUGUUGACUCUGAGAGACCUUGACCUCCAUACUGAAAGCAGGUGGAGUCACAGUUAAUUUCACAUCCCCUCUCAUCCAGGAAUGGAGGGCUAGGUCUCUUCCCCAUGGGACUUCCCCUGGGUGUUCUAGGAGGGAUGCAAUCUGUCCGUGCACUUGGAUGGAGGGCUGUCUCUGUGCCUGGGAAUUAGGGCCCCUGCCCCAACCAUAGUUCUUGAUCCUGGACCCCAGCUCUGGGCCCUCAUGUAUGGGCUUCCAAGGACCCAGUGGCCUGGGUCCUUCCAGAACAUCCCUCCUGGAGGCCUGGGGGUGGUGGGUCUGCAGCUAGCCCGCUCCCCUUCGAAUGCAAUAAAGGCAGCAUUGUGUGUCCUGCUUGCCCUCAACUGGUGUUGUUGGAGGUCUGAGGAGUCAGGGUCCCCCUCUCCCAGGCAGGCUCUCUGAGGGUAUCCUGUAGUCCCGGGCCCACUAGAAAAAUGCAUCUGUAUUUUGGUUCCUGGACCGAAGUUCAGUUGUAGCUUUCUGUGGCCACAGAAAGACAUUCUGUGCUUGCACAACUGGGCUGCUGGCUUGUGCCCCUUAGCAGGGUGUCUGGGCACUUACACCUUUGGAAUUGCUCUUCAUUCAGAAGAGGAACACAAAGAAAGCCACCCAGGAAGGAAGCGCAGAGCUGGGGGCUCUGGAAACUCCCUGUUGUCUCUGGCCGCAGCAAGACCAGCUGAGGAGCCCACCAGUACCUGCCUCUCAGCUGCUUGCUGACCAUUUUCUACUUCUCAAGCUGCAGAGAAGUUCUUCAUUCCCACUCCCACCCAGAACCUCCCCUUGCCUGACAUUUCCCCUCCAUGGUGACAUCUCUGAUUUCUCUACCUCUGUGCUCAGGUGACUCCACAUCUUCCUUCUGCCCCAGUGUGUUCCCUCCUCUCCCAGCCUGCAUAUUCAGAUUACUUUGGUGAACUGAGAGCUGGAGUACUGCCCAUCCAUUUAUUCAUUCACCCACUCAUUCAGCAGACAUAUACUCAGCACUGCUUUAUGCCAGACCCUGGUUGGCAGCUGCUGGGAGGCAACGAUGUAUGAGGCCAUCUCAGGAGAGACUACCUGUUAGGAUUCUUGAGUUUUGACCAACUGAAAUGAACUUGGACCAACUUAAGCAAGGAGAAAGGGUUCAUGGGAAGGAUCUGGUAUAGCUCACAGAAUCGAAAGAGUAGCUGAACAGUUGGCCUUGGGAAGAGUGGGAGCCAGGGCAGCCCCAAGGCUUGCCUCCCAGGGUUGGCAGAUCAACACCAACUUGCCAUCCGACCUCGUGGGUCUCCUUCCACUCAAGAUUCAAAUUCCAGGUGAGAUAAUCUGGCCUGGAGCUCAGGGCUUCAUAGAGUAGGAGGGAGGCAGUUUUCCAAAGGUCUACUGACUCUUGCUGGAAGCAUGGUGGAGUCGGAAGGGUGGACAUGGUGGAAAUGGUGGGUGCAGAAGGGUUGGCAGACCCUAAAGAUGCUGCUAACACAAGUGCCAUCCUUCCCAUCUCAUGUGUUACAACUCGACCACAUAAAACCACAAUCGCAUUUCUCUCUGCUUAGGGAAUUCAGGAUCAUAGCUAACUUUUAAUUCCAGGGGUAAGACAGGGCUACUAUUCUCCAAAGUCCAGUGUCACUAGGGAUAAUCUCCCUCUUUCAGUUUUAUCACAAUUCCAUUUUGAAAUUCUACAACCUGUAGAUUAACUGGUAAAGUUAACUAUAUCCAACCAAAUCAUAUAACUCAGCAAGAAAGUAAGAAUGGGCAAAGUCUGCGGUCCAUUUCUAGAACUGGGCAUGGGAGCUCAUGUUUGUUUAUGAUUAUGCACUUUUGGCUUGAUGGAGUGACUCAAACCUUCAGUUCUGAAGCUCCUUCAUGGCCCUACUUGUGGGACAGGCAUUUACUAUUGGACAUGGCAGUCCCAGGACAAACUCCAGGAAUCUCCUCCAUGUCCGUCUCUACUGCCCCCUUUUACGUAGCAGCAAUCAUAUUUUCCCUUGAUAAGGUUCAGCAUUCUAGAUACUCCCAUGACCUCUUUAUAAUGAGCCUGAAAUGGCCCGGUGGCUGCCUCAGCUUCCAAUUCAGUUGAAUUGUUACUAUGUCUUUGAGGAUGUGUUUCUGGACUGGGGACUCAACUCUCCACACCAGCCUGGUCCCACAUCUCAGGUAUGAGAAAGGCAUUGAGAUCUAGCAGUAGCAAGGCCAUCUCCACACUGUGUCCUAUCCUUGAAGGAGAAACCGCCAGGUAUGGUUUCUGGCUCCAAGCGCGUGCUGCCUCCUGUGGGCCUGACCCAGCCUCUCGAGGUGUUGUUUCUGGUUCCAUAGCUGAGUUUUCAGUAAGCCAUUUCACCACACUCUCAAGCCAGCUGCUGCUGGUCUGGGUUCCUGAGAGGAUGAGUGAAUGCCUACACAUCAACCCAUAACGCUUCUUUUUGUUGGAAAGUGAAUUCUCUGGUCGGGUGCAGUGUGUGAGAAGGCCACAUGAUGUUUAUGACAUUUGAUAAUUCCAUGGAUAUUGAUGGUGGGAGAGGCGUGAUGGGUAAGAAAAGCAAAUCCAGAUCCAGAACAAGGACCCAAAGGGGCCAAGACAAAUUGCUGCCCCUCUCAGAGCUGCGGGUGUAGACGGGGAAGCACUGUGGAGAGCAAGUGAGCAACCCACAUGUGACCCACUGGUGCCUUCACAGCCCUAGCCUGGAGCAACAGAGUCCACCUGAUAACGGAGUGCACUGGCCCUGCCAGACUUUAUGGCCAGGUGGGUCAGAUAACACCACGAGGGGCAGCAUGGCCACCAAGUGUGUCAGGGCCGAGCGUUUAGGCUCCCCCAGAGCCCAGCGGUGAGCCAGAGGGGACUUUUGCUCAAGGAUAUUGGUUACUUGUCAGCAAGAGCAUCACUUGGCUCCAAAUCCUGGGGUUCCCUAUUGUAUUUUCUUGUCAGGACUUAUUCCAGGCUACAUAUGGCUCCCCAGUAUGCCACCGACGGACGGAUACCUCAUGCACCAUUGACCAGGUCAUGUGGCCUGAUGGCAGAGCCGGCUGCACAAAAGACUCCCAGCUGGGAUGCCUUUGUCUGCUUUAAGCCCACCCCAAAGCUGGCAGCCUUCUAGGUGGGUCGGUAAAUGGGUUGGAACAAGAUGCCUCAAGUGGCAUAUAUUGCCUGGAAUUAGGUCUUCGUGGUGAGGGAUUCAACAUACAGUCAUUUGUCCUACAUUAUGAAGGAAAUAUUCUGACCUCAAACAGAUCCCUCAACCCCUAGAACUUUGUAGAAGGGGUAGGCCAGGCAUGGUGGCUCACACCUGUAAUCCCAGCACUUUGAGAGGCUGAAGCGGGUGGAUGACAAGGUCAGGGGUUUGAGACCAGCCUGGCCAACAUAGUGAAACCCCAUCUGUACUAAAAAUACAAAAAUUAGCCGGGUGUGGUGGCACACGCCUGUAGUCAUAGCUACUUGGGAGGCUGAGGCAGGAGAAUCACAGGAACUUGGGAGGUGGAGGUUAUGGUGAACCAAGAUUGCACUACUGCACUCCAGCCUGGGCAACAGAGCAAGACUCUGUCUCAAGAAAUACUAAAAUAAAUAAUAAUAAUAGAAGGGGCAGAUUUUCACAUGAUUUAUCUCCCACUCUGAUUCACAUGUUUGAUCAGGGCACCAUGCAACUACCGAUUUGCUGUGCCUUCUGUAGUCCCAGAUGAAUGGCUACAGAUCCCUUUGGGGAAGGCUGCAAGGAAGCUUCACAACAUGCAUUAAGUGUUAAAAUAGGCUUUUCUUUCAAAAACACAUUUGACUUCCUCUCCAUUUAAGGUCUGGAAAUCAAGUGGGAGAUCUUGACUUGACUUUGGCAGCAGAAGACAGGCCUGUUGGCCCAGAAGUCUUUAGUUAAGGUCAUUACUAGGCCAUAUCCUAGGAGCAUCUGGCCUUUUUCAUCCUGGGACCCAAGCUCCAGGUCUGGUUUCUGUGCUCUGUCCGUUACGAUGAGCACUCUACUUUGUUCCUUCUGUCUAUCUCUGCUGCUGAGAUCAGGGAGCCCAUGUUCACAGCAGCUCUUCCAACCAGCCUCCCAGGCCUAGAGAGGAAAAUCAGCAGAGCCUUGUGAAUGUAUUUCUCAUGGCAAGAAGGGAGCCCAUCUUCUGGGUCCCACCAGAGGGCAGUUGAGGGGGGGGGGGUCGAUGGGCUGGGUGCAUGCCAGGGACCCAAUCAAGCAUUUUAUCUAAUGAAAUCUUUGAAUUCCUGCCUUUCUUGGAUGUUUGGUCUUUUGAUGUAAUUUAGCAUGGGCCAACAUUUGGUCCAGAUUUGUAUUAUUCAAGCCCCCCACCCCCAAAAUAGUAAGAACUGUAUCUGGUGAUUUGAGCUUUUACAUAGAAUGUGGAAUCUCUGCUGAGUGAACGUAUCAAUAAAGACAACCUGAACCACAA